AAUAAGAAGCUGCCAGUUCCUUUCUAGCUUGGUUCUGGCCUGUCUCUAGAGUUCUAGGGAGUCCUGGAAAGUAGCAUGUUCUCGAGAAGUUUGGAAUGCUAUCUGGCUUUGGGACUUCUACUGCUGCCUCCUUUGUUCCUGGCAAUCUGCAUCCAAGAUGGUUCAGAGUGUUCAGAAUUCGCACUCUCCGGCAGCAAUGUGAGUCUACAAAUCGCCAAUCUACCUGAAGGCUACAGUUCACUCGCCUGGUUUUACACUGUGGACCAGAAGAUUGUAGAAUGGGAGUUUAGUGUCUGUAAGUACUUUGAUACUAAAUUUAAGGGCAGGGCCAGACUUGAUCUUCAAAGUGGCGCAUUGCACAUCCAGAAGGUCAAAAAAGAAGAUGAGAGCACAUACAUCCUGAAGGUGAAUGGGGACACCCGUAAUGAAAAGAAUUGGAAGAUUAUGCUGACGGUGCUUGACCCUGUACCCAAACCCAUCAUAAAAAUCCAGAAGAUGCAAGAAGUGAACAACAGCUGUUACCUGAUGCUAUCCUGUGUGAUCCAGGACCAGCAUGUGAACUACACUUGGUAUCAGGAAUCAGGGCUUUUUCCAAAAGAGCUCCAGAGCAGUGUGCUUGAAAUCACCCUUGUGCCACAAAACUACUCCAAGUUUUACAGCUGCCAAGUCAGCAAUCCUGUGAGCAGCCAAAAAGACACAAUCUACUUCACUUCAUUCUGUCAACCAGCUCUAUCCUCUGGAAUAGCUUGGACUGCACCUUGGCUAGUGAUCAUGGUAACCACCGUUCUUAGCCUCCUGUGGACAUGAUAUGAGCUCUUCUAACUCAAGGGUGGAAUUCAAGAAUGCAGGAUCUUGUACUCAUCAACAAGGAUGUUCAGGCUGAUAUUUUAAAAACCACAGUAAUUUGUUUUUAUCACCUAGUUGUUUUCCAACAUAUAUAUAUAUAUAUAUAUAUAUAUAUAUAUAUAUAUAUAUAUAUGCACAUGCAUUCUUCCCACCAAAAAAAAGUUCAAAAUGUGUUAUGCAAUGUUUUCUUAUUUAAACAUUUGAUAUGAUUGUUAAAGUGGAUUUGAAUUGCCCCAAAUAUGUCAGACAAUGCUUGCUCCAUUAGUGUGGACAGACUGGAGCAUGGAGCUGUAAAGGGAAGGGCUGGAAUCCCAGGCUCCCGUGUGCUGGUGUGGCUAAGGAGCUCUUUCAGCUUCCUCAACCUUGCCAAACCUCCUGGGGUUCCAGCUCUCACACUCUUCCCCCAACCAAGUUCUGGUCCUCUUCCCAAUGGUUUGCCUUGCUCUGGCCUCUCUGAAGAGCAUACUUAUUAGGUUUUCUGGGAAUGUGAGCUCGGGCUUGCUUCCCCUAGAACUGAGAAUACACCUUUACCACAUAAAGAGAGUCCUUCCCAAGCCUCUCAUGGGGAGCUGAGUUUCCCCUUUCGUCUUUUCACCACUGCUGCUAUGUGGGAAGCUCUUCAAGUUGCGUCAUGGGAUCCUAAGACCAUCAAAUUGACUAAAUGCUCUCACCAGGGUCUUCCAUUAUAGGAAAGUAAGAGCCCCCAGGCCCUCCACUGACUUAAAACCUGGAAAUUUUGUUGUAUGUUUCCCUCCUUUAAGUCUCCUCAUGGGUCUGGAGCUGAGAAGGUCACAAAAAGAUGUUCUCCUCUCUCAGCAAAAUGCACCUACCAUAGACCACUUUCUCUUUACACAAAAUCAGCCUCCCUUCCCUUCCCCUACUUGCCUCUGUGGCAGAGACAAUGCUGUGUGUUCACCAAACCCUUUUGUUUUCCUCAUGGAUUUAAUGGUUAAUUUUAUGUGUCAACUUGACUAGGCCAUAGAGGUGUCCAGUUAUCAGUCAAACCCUAUUCUGGGUGUGUCUCUGAGGGUGCUUCUGGGUGAGGUUAACAUUUGAAUCAGUAGACUGACCCUCUCCAUUGUGGGUGGUUCUCAUCAAAUCAGUUGAAGACUUGAACAGAAAGCCUCACCUACCCACAAGUAUGGCGGAACCUCUCUCACCUGAGUGUCUUGAAACUGGAAUGUUUAGUUUUUUCUGCCUUUGGACUUGGGCUGGAACUACAUCAUCAUCCCUCCAGGGUCUCCACCUUGCUGACCUAGAUCUUGGGACUUGUAAGCCUCCAUAAUUGCAUGAGCCAAUUCCUUUUAAUAAAUCUCUUUGUGUGUA